AUGCGUUCCAUACUAGGCACCAAAUCGUUCAGUAUCAAUGAACCACCGGUUGAACAAGGCAAAAAAGGGAAGUCCAAGUGGUGUAGGAAAACCAAACGAAAGCGUUGUCUGCCGGUGGUGUUUUGUGUCAUUUGCUUUUCGAUUUUGAUUGCCUGGGUUAUGGGGGAUAUUUUUCGACAGCAAACGGAUUCCGAUAGUGAAGCAAAUGUAAAUAAUACCCUGGAAGAAGCGGCUGAGUACGAGUAUGAAGCAAAUCAAACUAAUUCGAGAUAUGCCGAUAUUUCUGAGGCAAAGGAUCAUACGUGUACACUUACUGCGCAGUGCAAGAUUGUCUGUAAGGGAACGGACGCAAAAGCAAUGUCUACCAAAAUAAUGAAGUUAAUAGCAGAUUUGCUGUGCAGUGAAAUCACACUGAUUAUCGAAACACUGUACAUAGAAGACGAGAUACUGGUCCCCGAUUGGCUCGAACUGGAUGUCGACGUGAAUAUCGGUCAGCUGGAACUGAAAAAUUCGGAUAUAGUCGAAAUCAUGAACGGAGCAUUCGACAUGGGUUGCCUGUACGGAACAACCAGUUUAUCUUUAAACUCGUUGCAGGUUACUCACUUGAAUGGCUACGCAUUCGUUGGGCUGGCUCAGCUGAAGGAGCUAAAUCUGAAGAAUCUGCCGCUGAAAAGUGUCGAGUCAUACGUGCUAAGUCCGAUGAAAUUUUCGCUGACUAGAUUCCUCGUAGAAGGAAGUUUAGAUAAAAUUAAUCCUUACCCGUUUACUGGCUCGACUAAAAUGCACAACUUAGCAAUUGUAUCAUUUGACUACAAUUGUUUCGAAGAUACUAUCGAUGGUAGUAGCUUUGCACUCGUGCCGCAGUUGUCUAGUUUGUAUUUAAGGGAUUCACAUAUCACGAUCUUGAGGAAGGAGGUUAUCGACAGUAUUAGCGAAAGUGUGAAGCUUAUCCAUCUAGAUGGAAAUAAGUUGAAAACGAUCGGAGAGGGAGUGUUCGACAACGUCCUGGAUAAGGAUGUGAAAAUAUAUUUAAAAAAUAAUCCGUUGAUUUGCGAUUGUGAUCUAGUCUAUUUGCAUGAUUUGAUAGUUUCCAAUCCAGAAAUGUUUGAUGAAGUAAUGUGCGGAGGACCAGAUAAGCUUUCCGGUGAACUGGUUGCUUCAGUUGAUGUUUGUCCGAUCCCAACAAGUGUACCGACAAGCCCGCAUGAUCCGAUGGAAACUACAGAAACCAAGGAGACAACAAUUCCGACUACAAUAUCAACUGUUACGACCGCACUACCAACUUCUAAACUACCACAUUACCCGGAAAGCACGGAAACAACACCGUCAAGACCACCAUUCACUGUCACACCACCUCCACCCACGCCAGAGGCUACGCAAACAUCCCUAACCACACCUAAUACAACAACCGUAACAACAUCGAAUCCUUUUACUACUCCUAACACCACAACUACCACUAUCAAAACCACCACAACUCCCCCUCCAAAUUUAUAUCCUUUACAAUGUUUAUCAUCAGCAUCAACCGUAGAAUCCUACAUCAGCGUUAUGCAGACAUCGGAAUUCGGAGUUCUGAAGCGAUCAAAAAUAUUCUCCGUUUCCGAAGCUCAGGAGGGAGCAGUUGAAGUUCUGCUUGAUCAGCACUACCAACACUCGCUGAUACUCUGGUUUUUCGACACCUCCUCGAAUACAGUUUUCCCGAUGAAUAUAGAAGACAGUGCAAACUGCGCCGAAAUCAGCGGUCGUGCUAUUCGGAUCACCAAUCUGGUACCGGACAUGACUUAUAUUUUUUGUAUCCUUUUUACCUACGAAUAUGCCAUUUCUCCCUUCGACUGUCUGCCCCACAAGCUGCUACCGACUUAUGGACAGCGAACGUGGCUCACCGAAGAUCACAAAAUCAUCGUCAUUAGCAUUCUGAUUUCGUCUAUUUUGAUAGCUAUCCUAAUUGGAAUCAUGGCGACGUACUGCUUCAUCAACAGUUUUACAAGUUACAAAAAAGCAUGUCGAAACAUCCCCGCCAACCUGCGGCUGGAUAAAUCCGCCACCAAUCAGUGCUAUAUGACUCCAGUCGCAAACGAUCAACCGAAAAGGCAACGUCACAAACGCAGCGUUUCCGACACCAGCAUCGAGAGCUGCCGCAGCUACGUUUCGGCCGUCGUUCCCGCGUCCCAGUUCCAGUACAUUUCCUGGAAGAUGGAAAAUCGUUCGCGCCCGUCGAUGGAGUACUACCCGAAGGACCCACCGCCGCCACCUCUGCCGCCGCAUCCGAGCAAACGGCUGAAGAAGCAGAAGUCGGAGAUUAAGAUAAAUUUCCAGGAAAUUUACGAUGAACCCACCAGCGCCAGCUACACGUCCUGUCCGCCGCCGGCGAAGAUGCACCCGGGGAAACAUUGA